GAAUAUUGUCUAGAGUCUACUAACCUCAAAGGAAAUUUCAAAAAUUGAAAAUUACUCCCAAACCAUAUCAACCAACCCAGAAUCCUCUCCAUCUGACAAACAAGUAAUUCCAUAAAUCAAUUAGUUCUUUUCACCCUUUUACGCCAACUAAUAUCUUCUGUACAAACUUAAAACAAAACCAAACAAAGUUUUCAUCAUUUUUUAAGAAAGGGAAAUUUCAACAAAUUAAUUUUUGUGGGCGGAUUCUAAUCUCAAGGGAGAGCUUUUAGAUUUCAUUACGCCCAAUUUUUGCUGAAUUUCAACUUGGAAAGAUUUGAAAUUUGGGAAAUUAAAGAAGGGGUAGAUGGCAAGAAUAAAGCCACAAGCUUUAUUGCAGCAAAGCAAGAAGAAGAAAGCACCAAGUCGGAUCAGUAUUACAACAAUUAUUUUGUUCAGCUUAAUUGUUUUCAUGGUUGUUUUCUUCAUUUUCUCUGCUUAUAGGCAUUUUUCUCAGAGAUCAGUGAACACUGCAGAGCAGAUCCGUUUUGGAAGUCGUAAGGGUCUCAGUGAUCCAAAGAAUGCUGAAGUUCCAAAAUAUGCGAUCAUCCAUACUUCAAAAGGAACCAUUGGUGUGGAACUAUUCAAGGAUGGAUCUCCUGAAAUUGUUGAUGACUUUAUUGAGUUAUGUCAGAAGGGACAUUUCAAAGGGAUGCAAUUCCAUCGCGUGAUAAAGCAUUACGUGAUACAGGCGGGGGAUAUCCACAGUAUCGGACCUGCUGAAGAAUGGACCCUUAAGGGGAAGCACUACAGCCAACUUGAUAGAAGCGUAAAACACGAGGCAUUUAUGCUUGGAACCUCUAAGGCAAAGCAUGACAAUAAAGGAUUUGAGCUCUAUAUAACAACAGCACCCAUUCCUGAUCUUAAUGAGAAAAUUACUGUUUUCGGAAGAGUUAUCAAGGGAGAGGAAGUUGUCCAGGAAAUCGAGGAGGUGGACACCGAUGACCAUUAUGUCCCCAAAUCUGCCAUUGGGAUCAUGGAUGUGACUCUUGAACAGAAGUUAUAGACUACGGCUGUACUCUAUAAAUGCAAAAGUUUUAUCUCCGAGGUUUUGUUAGAAGAGUUGAUAAAUGCAAAUAUUGUAAACUUUAACAUUUAGUCGUUUUGUCGGAAGAAUUCUAGCCUGUUGUAUGUUCCUCUCGGGCUCUGCUGAAAACUACCCGAAGUCUCUUCGACACUGACAUCUUGCAAAAUGAAAAGUGCUGGUUUUUUGCCCUAAUCAAAAACCUUUCAGCUCCAUGUUUUGUCAAGAGACUGCUACUUUAAAGAUUCCUGGCUAUGCAAGCUUUUGUCCAUCAUAUUUUCCAAAAAUUGUGAGUUAUAAGAGGUGUUCAUUUGGAUUAACGGGUUAAUUUGGAAUUAGAUGUUUCGGGUCGGUUUGAAAUCGGGCUUUCGUCUAUAUUGUUUUUGUAUGAUUGUAAAUCAUUUUUAAAGUCGGAUUCAGUUAUAAUAUCGGGUAAAUUUCGGACCAUAGGGUCUAUUAUGAACACCUUUAGUCACUGUGUGACAUUUAAGACUUUUUUUUGAAAAUCACCUACAACUACAACAAAUCAAUAUUCGCCAUGGAGACCUCGGGGAAAAGCAUCUAUACAGAUUUUCU